AUGGUGCAGCUCUGGUCUCUCCUCUCCGUUGUCCUCUACAUUACGCUUGUAACGGCAGUUCCUCUGUGGGGACAAUGCGGGGGCCAAGGAUACUCAGGGUCUACCGUUUGUGAUGCAGGCUCUUAUUGUAAUGCCUAUAAUCCCUUCUAUUCUCAAUGCAUCCCACUUCCCUCUGGCUCGAGUUCGAGCUCUUCAGUGUCACGAUCAACCGUCACGAGUGCCAGUACCGUUAGCAGGUCUACGGUAACCUUUACCAGCACGAGCUCCUCGGCGACUCCAACCUCGAGCGGUGUGCAAAUUCGCGGUGUGAGCAGUCCUGUAUACCAUUUAUACCUGCAAUCGCUCGGAGGAGUCCCCGUGCUCGGCCCGCAAUCAUCCGGCGGCUACUUUACCAUCAACGGCUCUAUCAAGCUCAACAAUGCAUCCCCCGCGCUGUACCUCAACAUUGCGAGCUCCUCGACAUCGUACAAAGCACUUACGUUUAGUACGUCUCCUACGUUCACUGGUUGGGGGUUGGAAGGCGACACUAUCGUCACGGUCACUGGUAGCUUGUAUGGCCGCCAACUCAACUUUUUGGCCUGCCCUUCCUCAACGUCGGGCUACUACCAGUUGUACCUGCAGACCGGCAACGACACGCCGAGUUCUAGCUGUACACUGCAAACGAUCCAUCUACCCUGCCUGUGCUAG